AGAAGCCAAACACACAAUAAUAGCCUCAAAACCCUAAUCUUCUUCUCUUUAUAAAGAUUCAUCGACUCAUCUUCUGUGGUUUCUUCGCUGUGUAUUUUUCGCCGCUGCACACAUUUUCCUCAACGAAGCACCCAACCAUGGUGGCCGCCAAGAAGACCAAGAAGACUCAUGAGAGCAUCAACAACAGGCUUGCUCUCGUCAUGAAGAGUGGCAAGUACACAUUGGGCUACAAAACAGUCCUCAAAUCUCUCAGGAACUCCAAAGGGAAGCUAAUUAUCAUUGCUAACAACUGCCCUCCUCUAAGGAAGUCUGAGAUUGAAUAUUAUGCUAUGUUGGCUAAGGUUGGAGUUCAUCACUACAACGGGAACAACGUAGACUUGGGAACUGCAUGUGGAAAAUACUACAGAGUAUGCUGCCUUAGCAUUAUUGACCCAGGUACUUGGCCCUUCUUUUUAUUCACAAACUCGAAGCUUUUGUACUUUGUUAUAGUUUGCGAUUCUUAUUGGUUAUCAUUAAACUUUUCAGGUGAUUCGGAUAUCAUUAAAAACAUGCCUGGUGAACAUUAAGUAGCCCGUAUGAUCUGUAACAGGUCUUAGAUUUUGGUCGGUCUUUUUUUUGUUUAUUUUACAUUUUGUUUUUGGGUUUGGAGGUGAGGAAUAGCACUAGAGGUGGUGGCGAACUUUCAAUGUUCUAAGUUUUAACUAGGAAAACAAUACUAAAGAUGUUGAAGGCUACCUGCAUUUAUGGUUCUUCUUGAUUGCUUUAUUGUGACUUAUAUUUUGUCUUGAAGGAUGUCUUGUAACCAAAUUUCCUUUUAUCACUUUGGAUUUUAAAUUUAUGGGAAUGCCUAUUUGCAAA